AUGACUUCGACUUUGUUGAUUUUUUCAUUAAUGUGUGUUUAUGCGGCAGUGAGCUAUAAGAUUGCCGAUGAUUCAUGCCCACUUCCAUCAAGUCUAAAGCCCAAAUAUGAUUUCAGCUGGAGAUCCAAAUCAGGUGAAUGGUCAAAUACUCAGGCUAAAACGAGUUAUAUGAUGCUUGCUUUAUCCUGGAGUCCAUCAUAUUGCGCAUCACUUUCUCAAUCAGCACGUGAUCAAAAAUUUCAAUGUUUUCCAAGUAAUUCAUUUGGAUUGAUUGUUCAUGGAUUAUGGCCACAGGUAUCAAAUGCCGCCAAUGUUAGAGCUCAUCCACGAAAUUGUCGUGAUGAACCUCAAUUGAAUGCAACAUUUGUUAAAAGGUAUUUCUGUAUCAUGCCUGAUGAAGAUCUUGUUCAAGGAGAAUGGGAGAAACAUGGUACAUGUUACUAUCCAGCAGCAUCAGAUUAUUAUACGAUAGCAGAAUAUCUUUUCAAAAGUCUUCAAAUACCAGAAUAUAGUCUUUUAAACACUGGAUCAGCUACAAUCAUUAAAAAUGCAUUUCUUACACUGAAUGUACCGACAUUAUUUGGAUCAGCAGUUCGAGUCGACAUGAACUCCAAUGGUCGUCUCAAAGAAGUGAAAAUAUGCUACAAUUUACAAUAUCAAUUUGCUACCUGUGCUUGA